AUGCGGCAUCCAGAAGAUUCUACGAUUGAUAUAUUUAACACUGCCAUUGACAUAGUUGAUGAGAAAGCAGUAAAAGCUAACGAGAUGUUUCUCGGCCAUCUCUACACGGAUCAAAAGUACAAGGCAUACUUUGGUGGCUGUGGUUUCCAGUCUUUCGGUUUCAUCACGAACACUGGAGUGCGAAUGAUUCUGGUGCUUGAAGCCAACAACCUCGAAUGGAAGGACUUCGAUAUAAGAUCAUUAUUCAAGCGAUUCCAUAACCUCUAUUGCAUGCAAAUCUCCAUCUGUCCCACUCGAGACGAAAUCCGGUCAAAAUCCCUAUUGGAAGCAGCUGCACAGAUGAUAAGCGCUCAUGUCGAAGGGUAG